UAAUAAUCAUAAUGGUGUCAUUUGGUAUUUGAAUGAAAACCUGCAUUGUAGAUUGAGGAAGAAGAGGUGGUGGUGAUGAUGAUGGAGGAGGAAGAGGAUAUGGAAAUAGAGCAGCAGGUGUUUGUUGCUUACGAGAUUGACCUGGAUUACGAGUUCGAUGCGGCUCGCUUCUUCGAUUUCAGCGCACAAGAACCUGCGGCUCAAGCUCGCCUAGCCGAACUCUGGUUUCAAGCCGCAGGGAGCUACCCUCCUUCUCCUUUUGUGGCGAGAGAGGACGACGUUAGCGCCCUUUCUCCAGAAUCAGAACGUUCGGAAUGCGCAACCACCGUCCUCGGUGCCAAAUCUAACGUUCCGUCGGGGAUUGGAUUUUCCCGCUCUGUCUUUUAUGGUUCAAAAGCUGGGAACGUCCCUUGCUUGCCGAGUGGAGUUCUACGAAAUGUUGAUAUGCAACCGUUGCAAGUAACUACAGGACUGACCUUUAGCAGUAAGAAGACAAUCAGUGGCAAUUUGAAUUCUAAGGUUAAAUCUGCUGCAGUGAAGGGUUCAACGCUAAUGAAACCUACUGCUAGUUUGUUGGCUAAGCAAAAUCGGCCCCCUCAAAUUGUUGGCUCAAGGUUUCAAGCUCAUAACAAAGAAAUGAAUUUAUCUACUUCUGUAGUGGAGAGUCAAGCUGCCAAGCGGCAGAAAUUGGAAGGUGGUCUCUUGCGCAAGGUUGGUGAUGUGAAGCAGCAAGCAAACUUUGUCCACAAGGCACCUAAGAAAGUUGCAACUGUUGAUCAAAAUUCUGGACAUUCCAAGCUGAAGAUUACUAUUCCUAGAGAGCCUGACCUAGAAACAGCUCUUAGGGCACAGAGGAUUAGACCUAAAAAUGGUGCAGAGGCAGAACUUGUGACAGUGGCUGCCCCCGGAUUCAAAGCACGCCCAUUAAACAGAAAAAUUCUAAAUGCUCCUUCAUUUCCACUUCCCAAGAGGAGUACUCCACGAGUGCCAGAAUUUCAAGAAUUUCAUCUCAAGACAUGGGAGAGGGCCAUGCAGCAUAUGUCUGCUACUUCAUCAUCUUCACUUCACAGCAAUGAUAAGGAUUUGGACAAACAUUCUGCUGUUUCUGCUCCAGAAAAUAGAAUCACGGAUUUGAGAAGGCCAUCGGCCAUGGGUGCUCCAAAGCAUGAUGGAUUGGAUUUUGCACAUAAUUUUAAAGCUCGGCCUCUUAAUAAGAAGAUACUUUCAAGUAAAGGAGAUAUUGGUGUUUUCCGGAACAAAAAGCAGGAAACCACCGUGCCAACGGAAUUUAAUUUCCAUACAGAAAAGAGGGUUCAGCAUAACCCACCAAUUGAACUCUUUACCAAGCUGUCCCUGACAUCUGAAAUCCAGUCAAAUACUGGAUCUCAAUUGACACUGCCCCGGCAUUCCAGGGUGUUCAUAGAGGAUUCUAAAGAAAAUAUAGGAAGUUCUUUUCAUCUGGAUGUAAAGGAAACGCCUUUCAUAUUUGGUGGAAAGCAAGUUCAUAGUGGGCCUGAUGGUUGCAUGAGUGAAGCUAGUACUCUGUUCGCUGCAAGGAGGAGCUUGGGAAUUCGAUGACAGCAACUACCAAUGAGGGCCAACGUGCCACAAGAUUUUUGUUAUGGCAGCAGAAUUUUCUUUGCUGAGUUGAAGUUCAAAAGCAACAUAUCUGAAUCUAACAGGCACAUAACAACUCUUCUCAGAUUUUUUUUGUACACAGAAUCUUAGAAAUUUUGUUAAUUGUUAAGACAUUGUAGUUACCAUACCAAAUGUCUGCUUCUCUUGUAUCUUGUACAACUA